AUGACUACAUCACUACAUGAUCUUAGCACGGAUGGAUCGUCUUCUGAUAUUACCGUGAUCGGCAAUGAUCCGGCAGCGUUCGACAAUGACAAAAGUCUUAACACUGUUCUUGAACAAUUCUUCAAGGAUUUAAAAACGCUUGACGAUGGAUCGAAAUCUGCUAGAUGUAUAUUAUGCAGCACAAUUGUGAAACAAUCUACGACAUCAACAUAUAAUUAUGGGCGUCAUGUUCAUCGUAAACAUAAGAAGGAAAUGGAAUUAUGGAAGGCUGAGGUAGUAUCACGAAAAGUUGAUGAUCAAAAGAAACAACCGACGAUUAAUCAAUCAUUUGGCCAGCAAUCAAACGAGAAAUACAGUGCUCGUAGUAAUCGUCAAGUUGAACUUACUGAAGUGAUUGUACAGGACUUAAUUAUCGAUUUGGGUUUGCCAUUAUCUGUGGUCGAUCAUCCAGCUUUUUUACGUGCCAUGAACAUCGUCGAUCCGCGGUUCACUGUUUUGUCUCGACGCACACUUUGUCGUGAUACAUUACCAUCUACUCUCAACCGUGUUAUGACGAAAGUAAAACAAAACUGGCCACAUACUGGUGAUAACUUACGGCAACAACUUGAAGAUACUAUUGCAGCUUUUAAUAUCGAAGACAAACUAGUCCGAAUUGUUACAGACAAUGCAUCAAACAACCUAAAAGCGUUCGAUGAACUUGUGAUACCUGGUUUCGAAGUUUAUUUCGAGCCUGAAGAUGACGAAGAUGAACACGAAGACGAUGCUGAUUCAGUUGAGAAUACCGAAAACCAUGCACAAAUUGAUGGUACCAAUCAAGAAGAGCGACUUCGAAUUCCCUGCUUCUCACACACAUUACAACUUGUAGUUGGUGAUGGAUUGAAGGACUGUGAGCCCGCAAAAGCAUCUCUAGCUAAAGUUGCAGCAAUCGCAAAAUUUAGUCACAAAUCAACAUCAUUUGCCGAAGUUUUACAAAGGGAAAAUAUUAGUAUUCCAAUAGCGGUGAAGACAAGGUGGAAUUCUCAACAUCAUACUAUUUGCAAAGUCCUCGAAAUAUCUCACAUAUUGCUGAACGAUUUAUUGCGCAGUGUUGAUCGUACUGAUCUUAUUCUAACAGCUCGCGAUAUUAUUAUUCUUCAAGAAUUCGCUAGUAUUUUCGCUUUAUUCGCUGAAGCCACAACACGCUCACAAGCUGAUAAGACUGCUUCCAUCUCAUUAGUGGCACCAAGUAUUCUUUCCAUUUAUUUCGAUCUCGAACGAGAACGUACCAAUUGCAAAUAUCUCGGGUCACUCUGCCGUACAUUAGUCAACUCUUUACGGGAACGAUUCGGCGGCCUUCUCGAACGAUGCGAAGUUUUCGCUGAUAAUAACAUUAAGAUCAAGAGACGUUCUACAUACGAUCUUUACAAAGAUGAUCUUUUCUUGAUUGCUCCCUUUCUUGAUGGUCGUUUCAAGUUCAACUGGAUUCUCGCUUCUGAUCUGCUUGAUUCAACAAAAGAACAAUUAACAAACACGAUAAAGACACUCGUAUUGAAAGCGGCGCUACAAUUACAUGGUUCACUAAAUAAUACGUUAGAAGCGAAUGUGGAAUCGUCUACUACUGAUCAUUGUGACGCGGAGGAUGAAUCACUGAGCAAAUUGCCAAACUUCAAAAGGAAACGACUGUUUUCCGGUUAUGAAGGACAAAAAACACCAGCAAAGAAAAAGCGUUCAUGCGUUUCAGAAGCGAUUGAAGGUGAAAUUUCAAUGUUUGAGAAAGAAGAUAGCGGUGAGUCCAGUUUGAUAUUCAAAAAGAAAACUACUUAUCCAUACUUACAAAAACUCGCAACUAAAGUAUUUUGUAUUCCUGCCACUUCUGCGCCAGUUGAACGCGUAUUCUCUUCCAGCGGAAUAUUAAUGCGGCCUCAUCGUAGUCGAUUAUCAAAGAAUAUGCUUUCAAUGCUCACUUUAUUAAAAUGUAAUCGCCACUUGUUGUGA